GAGGGGCCGGGGCGGCGCCGGGAGGGGCGCGCACGGCGGCGCGGCCGCCCGGCCCAGCAGGUGACCGCGGGCCGGGGCCGAGCCGGAGCGAAUCCCGUGCGGGCGGCGCGACUGGGAGACGGCUCUCGGGGUCCGCGAAGUUUGCCGGAACAUGGCGGAGGAGCCCGGGGCGCGCGGGAGCGCGGCGCGGCGGCGGCCGGGGCCCCAGGAGCUGUAGCCGCCGCAGCCGCAGCCGCAGCCGCUGCCGCCGCGGGGCGAGGUCGCCGCCAUGGCCCGCUGGAUCCCGACCAAGAGGCAGAAGUACGGGGUUGCGAUCUAUAACUACAACGCCUCUCAAGAUGUGGAGCUCUCCUUGCAGAUUGGAGACACGGUUCACAUCCUGGAGAUGUACGAGGGUUGGUACAGAGGAUAUACCCUCCAGAAUAAAUCUAAAAAGGGGAUCUUCCCUGAAACGUACAUCCAUUUGAAGGAGGCAACUGUGGAAGACCGAGGGCAGCACGAGACCGUGAUUCCUGGGGAGCUCCCGCUGGUCCAGGAGCUCACGUCGACGCUGCGAGAAUGGGCGGUCAUCUGGCGCAAGCUCUAUGUGAACAACAAGGUCACACUCUUCCGCCAACUGCAGCAGAUGACAUACAGCCUGAUCGAGUGGCGGUCCCAGAUCCUGUCUGGAACCCUCCCCAAGGACGAACUGGCAGAGCUCAAGAAAAAGGUCACAGCCAAAAUCGAUCACGGGAACAGAAUGCUUGGGUUAGAUCUGGUGGUGAGAGAUGACAAUGGGAACAUACUGGACCCAGAUGAAACCAGCACCAUUGCCCUCUUCAAGGCCCAUGAAAUGGCCUCAAAAAGGAUUGAGGAAAAGAUCCAAGAAGAAAAGUCAGUUCUUCAGAACCUGGACUUGCGGGCCCAGUCUGUCUUCAGUGCCGUCCACACCUACGGCCUCUACGUGAACUUCAAGAACUUUGUCUGCAACAUUGGGGAAGACGCUGAGUUGUUCAUGGCCCUCUAUGAUCCAGACCAGUCCACCUUCAUCAGUGAGAAUUACCUAAUUCGUUGGGGCAGUAACGGGAUGCCCAAGGAAAUAGAGAAGCUUAAUAACCUCCAAGCGGUUUUUACAGACCUCAGUAGCACAGACCUCAUCCGGCCCCGCAUCAGCCUCGUGUGCCAGAUUGUCCGGGUGGGCCACAUGGAGCUGAAGGAGGGCAAAAAGCACACAUGUGGGCUCCGAAGACCUUUUGGAGUAGCAGUGAUGGAUAUCACUGACAUCGUACACGGGAAGGUGGAUGAUGAAGAAAAGCAGCAUUUUAUUCCCUUUCAGCAAAUUGCAAUGGAAACGUAUAUCCGGCAGAGACAGCUAAUCAUGUCACCCCUGAUAACAUCCCAUGUGAUUGGGGAGAACGAGCCACUCACUUCAGUCUUGAAUAAGGUGAUAGCAGCAAAGGAAGUGAAUCACAAAGGACAAGGACUUUGGGUAUCUUUGAAACUUUUGCCGGGUGACCUCACACAGGUUCAGAAGAAUUUUUCGCACUUGGUGGAUAGAUCAACUGCCAUUGCCCGAAAAAUGGGAUUUCCUGAAAUAAUACUUCCAGGCGACGUGCGGAAUGAUAUUUACGUCACCCUAAUCCACGGGGAGUUUGACAAAGGGAAAAAGAAGACGCCGAAGAACGUGGAGGUGACCAUGUCUGUGUACGAUGAGGAGGGCAAGCUCUUGGAGAAAGCAAUUCAUCCUGGUGCUGGAUACGAAGGCAUCUCAGAGUACAAAUCAGUAGUCUAUUACCAAGUCAAGCAGCCCUGUUGGUAUGAGACUGUCAAGGUUUCCAUUGCUAUUGAGGAGGUUACUCGCUGCCAUAUACGAUUUACCUUCCGGCACAGGUCAUCUCAGGAAUCCAGAGAUAAAUCGGAGCGGGCCUUUGGCGUGGCCUUCGUGAAACUGAUGAACCCGGACGGUACCACUCUGCAGGAUGGGAGGCAUGAUCUGGUGGUUUAUAAGGGUGACAACAAGAAAAUGGAAGACGCUAAAUUCUAUCUGACCCUACCGGGAACCAAGGUCGAGAUGGAAGAAAAAGAGCUCCAAGCCUCCAAAACCCUGGCCAACUUCACCCCGAGCAAGGACAGCACAAAAGACAGCUUUCAGAUCGCCACCCUCAUUUGCUCCACAAAACUCACCCAGAAUGUUGACUUGUUGGGCUUGUUAAAUUGGCGUUCCAACUCCCAGAACAUUAAACACAACUUAAAGAAGUUAAUGGAGGUGGAUGGAGGCGAGAUUGUAAAGUUUUUGCAAGAUACACUAGAUGCACUUUUUAACAUAAUGAUGGAGAUGUCAGAUAAUGAAACCUAUGACUUCCUCGUGUUUGAUGCACUGGUGUUUAUUAUCUCACUGAUAGGAGACAUCAAGUUCCAGCAUUUUAAUCCUGUCCUUGAAACCUACAUCUACAAGCACUUCAGUGCCACUCUGGCUUACGUGAGAGUGGUUUCUGCCUUUUCCAUGAUCAGGUCAGGGAAGCCUCCUUUCUGUCUGGUUUACGAGCUUCUGACUCGGAAGCAGCUAGCAUGCGGCCCACCUCACCAUGGCAUUGUAUGUGGCCUGUUUUCCCCACCCCUGGUGUCCCAGCCACUGUGCAGAGCAAGGAAACUCUCCAAGGUACUGAACUUUUAUGUGGCGAAUGCAGAUGACUCCAGCAAGACAGAAUUGCUUUUUGCUGCUUUGAAAGCCCUAAAGUACUUGUUUCGAUUCAUCAUCCAAUCCAGAGUACUCUACUUGAGAUUUUACGGCCAAAGUGAAGACGGAGAUGAGUUUAAUAAUUCAAUCCGCCAGCUCUUUCUCGCUUUCAAUAUGCUCAUGGACAGGCCCUUGGAGGAAGCUGUCAAGAUAAAGGGAGCAGCUCUGAAGUACCUUCCUAGCAUCAUUAACGACGUCAAACUUGUGUUUGAUCCCGUGGAGCUCAGCGUGCUCUUCUGCAAGUUCAUUCAGAGCAUCCCUGACAACCAGUUAGUUCGCCAGAAACUGAACUGCAUGACCAAGAUAGUGGAGAGCAAUCUUUUCCGGCAGUCUGAGUGCAGAGAUGUGCUGCUGCCGCUGCUGAUAGACCAGCUCAGCGGCCAGUUAGAUGACAACUCCAGCAAGCCCGACCAUGAGGCCAGCUCGCAGCUUCUGAGCAACAUCCUGGAAGUGCUGGACAGGAAGGAUGUGGGCCCCACUGCGAUGCACAUCCAGCUGAUAAUGGAGCGGCUGCUGAGAAGGAUCAACCGCACCGUGAUUGGGAUGAGCCGACAGUCUCCCCACAUUGGGAGCUUUGUUGCGUGCAUGAUUGCCAUCCUGCGGCAGAUGGACGACAGCCACUACAGCCACUAUAUCAGCACUUUCAAAACCAGACACGACAUCAUUGACUUCCUCAUGGAGACUUUCAUCAUGUUUAAGGAUCUGAUUGGAAAGAAUGUCUAUGCCAAAGACUGGAUGGUCAUGAAUAUGACUCAGAGCCGAGUUUUCCUCCGUGCGAUAAAUCAGUUUACCGAGGUUCUCACGAAGUUCUUCAUGGAUCAGGCAAGCUUCGAACUUCAGCUCUGGAACAAUUAUUUCCACUUGGCAGUAGCAUUUCUCACCCACGAAUCCCUUCAGCUUGAAACCUUCUCUCAAGCCAAGCGCAACAAAAUUGUCAAAAAGUACGGGGACAUGAGAAAGGAGAUUGGCUUCAGAAUCCGGGACAUGUGGUAUAACCUGGGUCCCCACAAAAUUAAAUUUAUCCCUUCCAUGGUGGGUCCCAUUCUUGAGGUCACCCUGACCCCUGAGGUUGAGCUCCGGAAAGCCACCAUCCCCAUUUUCUUUGACAUGAUGCAGUGUGAGUUCAACUUCAGCGGGAAUGGUAAUUUCCAUAUGUUUGAGAACGAGUUGAUCACUAAGCUGGACCAAGAGGUGGAAGGGGGCAGAGGAGAUGAACAAUACAAGGUCCUUCUGGAGAAACUCCUCCUAGAACAUUGCCGGAAACAUAAGUACCUCGCCACCUCUGGAGAAGUGUUUGCAUUCCUGGUCAGCAGCCUGUUAGAGCACCUGCUGGACUACAGAACCAUUAUCAUGCAUGACGAGAGCAAGGAGAACCGCAUGAGCUGUACUGUGAACGUGCUGAAUUUUUAUAAAGAGAAGAAGAGAGAGGACAUAUACAUAAGGUACUUGUACAAGCUGCGAGAUUUGCACCGAGACUCUGAAAACUACACAGAAGCUGCCUACACCCUCCUCCUCCAUGCCGAGCUUCUGCAGUGGUCCGAUAAGCCCUGUGUACCCCAUUUGCUUCAGAGGGACAGUUACUAUGUCUAUACCCAGCAAGAACUUAAAGAGAAGCUGUAUCAAGAAAUCAUAUCAUACUUUGACAAAGGCAAAAUGUGGGAGAAGGCCAUCAAACUGAGCAAAGAGCUGGCUGAGACCUAUGAGAGCAAAGUAUUUGACUACGAGGGCCUUGGCAACCUGCUGAAAAAAAGAGCCUCGUUUUAUGAGAACAUCAUUAAAGCAAUGAGGCCUCAGCCUGAAUACUUUGCUGUUGGAUACUACGGACAGGGCUUUCCUUCUUUCCUCCGGAACAAAAUCUUCAUCUACCGGGGGAAGGAGUAUGAGAGGCGAGAAGAUUUCAGCCUGAGGUUGCUGACCCAGUUCCCCAAUGCCGAGAAGAUGACCAGCACCACGCCCCCGGGAGAGGACAUCAAGUCGUCCCCAAAGCAGUACAUGCAGUGUUUCACUGUGAAGCCAGUGAUGAGCCUGCCACCCAGCUACAAGGACAAACCAGUUCCGGAGCAGAUCUUAAACUACUACAGAGCCAAUGAAGUGCAGCAGUUCAGAUAUUCCAGGCCAUUCCGGAAAGGAGAGAAGGAUCCAGACAAUGAAUUUGCUACCAUGUGGAUCGAAAGGACCACGUAUACAACUGCGUACACAUUUCCUGGGAUUCUCAAGUGGUUUGAAGUCAAACAAAUUUCAACGGAGGAAAUCAGUCCCCUGGAGAAUGCCAUAGAAACCAUGGAGCUCACCAAUGAGAAGAUCAGCAACUGUGUUCAGCAGCAUGCCUGGGACCGAGCCCUCUCUGUGCAUCCCCUCUCCAUGCUGCUCAGUGGCAUCGUAGACCCGGCUGUCAUGGGGGGCUACUCCAACUAUGAAAAGGCUUUUUUUACAGAAAAGUACUUGCAGGAGCAUCCCGAAGACCAGGAGAAGAUUGAGCUGCUGAAGCGACUGAUAGCGCUGCAGAUGCCUCUGUUGACGGAGGGGAUCCGCAUCCAUGGGGAGAAGCUCACAGAGCAGCUAAAGCCGCUGCAUGACCGCUUGUCUUCUUGUUUCCGGGAACUCAAGGAGAAAGUGGAGAAGCUCUACGGUGUUAUAACCCUGCCGCCCACCUUGACUGAGAGGAAGCAGAGCCGCACGGGGUCUAUCGUACUACCCUACAUCAUGUCAUCCACGCUGCGGAGAUUGUCCAUCACCUCAGUGACUUCCUCGGUCAUUUCCACCUCUUCUAACUCAUCCGAUAAUGCUCCUUCCAGACCAGGAUCUGAUGGGUCAAUGCUGGAGCCACUUCUGGAGCGCAGGGCUUCAUCAGGUGCCAGAGUUGAGGAUCUGCCCCUCAAAGAGGACAGUGAGAACCGGAUCAGCAAGUUCAAGCGAAAAGACUGGAGCCUCAGCAAGUCCCAGGUCAUUGCAGAGAAAGCGUCAGAACCUGAUCUGAUGAGCCCAGCCCGAAAAGCACAAAGACCCAAGAGUCUCCAGUUGUCGGACAAUCGGCUGACGCCAUUUCAUGGUUCUUCACCUCCUCAGUCGACGCCCCUGAGCCCACCUCCACUCACUCCUAAAGCUACCAGGACCCUCAGCUCCCCGUCUUUGCAGACAGAUGGGCUGAUGACUACUACUGUCCCGCCUCCCCCUCCCCCAAAAAGCAAGCCCUACGAGAGCGGCCAGAGGAACUCCGCAGAGAUUGCCCCUCCGCUGCCGAUCCGCAGAGAAGCCAAAUGCCCACCUCCACCUCCUCCCAAAGCCCGCAAAUCUGGUUUCCUUGCUUCUGAGCCCGGAUCCCACUAAGGGUCUUGCCAGGUCUCCAGAACUCUGAACACCUUGAACAGCUGACGCCUAAGAGGAGGCCCUUUCCUCGCUCCCCGGGGCUCCUUGCUGACCCCCUUCCUGAUCUGGGGUCAGCUGUGCUGCCUCCAAACUGGUGGUUCUUUGAAAGGCUACUGUGAAGGAAGCCUAAGCACUGCCCCCACUCCAGUCCGCAUGAAUUCCAGAAUUGGUCGUGUCCUCUGUCUUUCUCAAAGGAGAGAUCUCCCUCGCCGUUAUUAAAUUCAGCCUCCAGCCCAGAGCUGCUGCAGCCUACAGACUCCUGGCUACGUUCUUCUGAGGAGGUCACAGAGCAACCCCAGGAACCUGUACCUUGGAAGGAUUUCUUGCUUUGCUUGUGAAAAGCUCUGCUUGAGACUUGAUUUUCUCACGUGGACACACCAUGUCUCGAAUAACAUUGGAAAAGACGCGCCUCAAGUACUUCAGUAGUUGAAAUAAUCCUACCUUUCUGAUGUCUGCUUAUGUCUUCUUUAAGGAAAAGAACAUCUUUGUAAUGAAGAUUGGUAACUUUCACGUAUGAAUAGCUAUCAUUGGUGAAAAAUCAUGGACUCGACUGUGGGGUCUGAGCUCCUGCCACCCCCCCUCCCCCACCCCAGACCGGCUACGUGUGGCACAGGAACCCUCCUGGGAGUCCCUCACACUCUCAACUAACCAGCCCUCACCACACCAUGUCACUCCUUCCUGCUGCAGACUCCCUUGAAGCUCUUUCUUUUACCUCUUCUUAGCUCACAUCACUGGACAGAAGGGACUUUGAAGCCCGGGUUCAACAGCUUCUCUUCCAGAUCCCAUUUGGUUGGCUCAGCGGCCCGUCUCUGCCACCUGAUUUUACCCUGGAGAAUAUAGUGCAAUAUCUCCCUUUGAUUAUUUAUUCCUCGUGAUUGUGGAAUUAAUUUGAUUACAUGUUCAUGGUACUAAGUCCGUAGUCCUUUCUGAAGAAGAAAUGGGCUGAUUCAGAUGAUGGGAUAUUACAUACACCUACACGAACCCCACAAAGUUAGAGACAUUUUGAGCUAGAAGGGCCCUAACUAAAGGUCAUACAAACAACCCCCUCGUUCUGUAGACAAGGAAACUGAAGCUAAACACAGAACAUCUGCCUACAGAUUCUUACUAACAACCCAGCUUGCUAAUUGAGGCUCUAUCCGCAGGUAACACUUAGAUCGAGAAGACAACCCUGACGAACUCCGUGAUGAAUUCCUACCUUUGGAUGGGACAACGGUGGAAAUGUCCCAGAUGUUUCUAUACUACUUUGACAUAGAUGGCAAAGUAGAAAGCUUUUUGUGGGUCCCCUAGGUCAGCAUGUGGGGAAGCUCACUGUGGUCCCUUCCGUAACUGGGCCCGGUCCUCUUCCCCACCCACCCUGCCCUGAGGUAGAGAAAAGAAAGAGAUUUCACCUCCAAAGACCCGGAUAUGCUGGCCUGCUUCUUGGUAUACGUAUUUCAACACCACCCCUCUUAGAAGACACAUACUCGUGCUUCACAGAGGCAGGGACAUACAGACCUCAGAGGCAUGGCCAGCGUCCCACAAGCAGUUAGAGUGUGGAUUUAGAAGUGGUGAGGGAAGGGCCGCUCUCCACUUCCACUCAGGGCAACCUUCAAGGGGGUAAACUAGAGAGAAGCCGGGUUUUGAAGUAAACCAUUUGGUCUC